AUGUCUUCUAUCUCUAUCUCUUUCACUCGGCGACUUCACGAAGCAAUUAAUCGAUUCUUUGAAUCUGUCACAGAUUUUCAAUCUAAAAAGACAACACUCAAAUCUCCAAUUUUUGACACCGAUAACUUUAUAAUCAUGGAAGGCUAUCUCCAAGAAUCCAUGUCUCAUGCAAAGUGGAAAUCGUCAUCCGAAACCGUUGAUGAAUCUAACAACGUAGUUUCAGAUAAUUUCGAUUGUAAUAUUUGUCUAGACACAGUCCAAGAUCCUGUGGUCACACUUUGUGGACAUCUCUAUUGUUGGCCAUGUGUUUACAAAUGGAUGAAUCUUUCACACAAAGACAUGUGGGGUCCACACCAUGCCACGUCAACAACAUAG